AACACUGUGUUCAAGAUGGUGCCUUAUAACUUCACAUAAAUUCUAUUCAUCUGUGUAUGAUCCAAAUGAAGAGACUUUUGAAAAACUGCUUAUUGCCAACAGAGGAGAGAUUGCAUGCCGAGUCAUCAAAACAUGUAAGAAGAUGGGGAUUAAAACAGUUGCCAUACACAGUGAUGUCGACGCCAAUGCUGUUCACGUGAAAAUGGCGGAUGAAGCUGUCUGUGUUGGCCCAGCUCCCACCAGCAAAAGCUACCUCAACAUGGAUGCCAUCAUGGAAGUCAUUAGGAAAACCAGGGCCCAAGCUGUACACCCAGGAUAUGGAUUUCUUUCAGAAAAUAAAGAAUUUGCUAGACGUUUGGCAUCAGAAGGUGUCACCUUCAUUGGACCUGACACACAUGCUAUUCAAGCUAUGGGAGACAAGAUUGAAAGCAAAUUGUUAGCCAAGAAUGCAAAGGUCAACACGAUCCCUGGCUUUGAUGGAGUAGUCAAGGAUGCAGAUGAAGCUGUCAGAAUUGCAAGGGAAAUUGGCUACCCUGUCAUGAUCAAGGCCUCAGCAGGUGGUGGUGGGAAAGGCAUGAGAAUCGCUUGGGAUGAUGAAGAGACCAGGGAAGGUUUUAGAUUUUCAUCUCAAGAAGCUGCUUCAAGUUUUGGUGAUGAUCGCUUACUGAUAGAAAAGUUCAUUGAUAACCCUCGUCACAUAGAAAUCCAGGUUUUGGCAGAUAAACAUGGGAAUGCCUUGUGGUUGAAUGAAAGAGAAUGCUCCAUUCAAAGGAGAAACCAGAAGGUUGUGGAGGAAGCACCAAGCACUUUUCUAGACCCUGAAACUCGAAGAGCAAUGGGAGAACAAGCAGUAGCUCUUGCCAAAGCAGUAAAGUAUUCCUCUGCUGGAACAGUGGAAUUCCUUGUAGACUCCAGUAAGAAUUUCUACUUCUUGGAAAUGAAUACUAGACUUCAGGUUGAACAUCCCGUCACAGAAUGCAUUACCGGCCUGGACUUAGUCCAAGAAAUGAUCCGUGUUGCUAAGGGUUACCCUCUCAGGCACAAACAGGCUGAUAUUCCCAUCAACGGCUGGGCGGUUGAAUGUCGAGUUUAUGCUGAGGACCCCUACAAAUCUUUUGGCCUGCCAUCCAUUGGUAAACUGUCUCAGUAUCAGGAACCAUUGCAUGUGCCAAGUGUACGUGUUGACAGUGGUAUACAACAAGGAAGUGACAUUAGCAUUUAUUAUGAUCCCAUGAUCUCAAAACUGAUUACCUAUGGCUCUAAUAGAGCUGAAGCACUGAAAAGAAUGGAAGAGGCUUUGGACAACUACGUAAUUCGAGGUGUGGCUCACAAUAUUUCUUUACUGCGAGAAGUGAUCGUUCAUCCACGCUUUGUUCAAGGAGACAUCAGCACUAAAUUCCUUCCUGAAGUCUAUCCUGAUGGUUUUAAAGGACACAAGUUGACAGAUCUUGAAAGAAGACAACUACUGGCAACAGCAGCAUCUUUGUAUGUGGCUGAACAACUGAGAUCACAGCGAUUUUUAGGGACUCCAAGAAUUCCUAUUGCUGAAUCAAAGAGAAGUAGCUGGGAGCUCUCUGUGCAUCUAGGAGAUGGAAUUUACCCAGUUGCAGUUUCAAAGCAUGGCUCAUCAUUUUCUGUGGAAGUUGAUGGGAUGAGACUAAAUGUGACCAGCGAGUGGAACCUGGCUUCACCCUUGUUGUCUGUCACCAUUGAUGGCACUCAGAGGACCAUACAGCUGCUGCCUUCUAGUAGCUUGGAGAGCCUUAGAGACCAGAAGAUUUGUGGAAAAUAUUCUAAGAUCUUGUUGUUUAAUUAUCGGAUUUCUCGGAAUGCCUCUGGAGAGACCAGCAUUCAGUUUCUAGGCACAGUGUACAAAUUGCAAAUACUGACGAAGGUUGCUGCGGAGCUGAGCAAGUACAUGCCAGAGAAAGCAGCAGAGGACACCUCUAGCAUUUUGCGAUCUCCUAUGCCUGGAACAGUUGUGGCAGUUUCUGUCAAGCCUGGGGACAUGGUUUCGGAAGGUCAAGAGAUUUGUGUAAUUGAAGCAAUGAAAAUGCAGAACAGUAUGAUUGCUGCUAAAACAGGCAAGGUAAAAGCUGUGCACUGCAAAGCUGGUGACACCGUUGGAGAAGAAGAUCUGCUGGUGGAACUGGAAUGAAAGGUUGCCUCCACACUGUUGAAUUAACUAAGCCUUUAUUGUUUUUAUCUGCAAAGUAACAUUAAGACAAUUCAACACAGAAAACAGACAGUACUAUGCACAAGAUUUUAUACAGGCAUAUUUACUGUAUCAGUGGUUAAGACAGCAAACACAGAUGUUAAAUCUUGGCAACAGAUCCCAGAUUUUUACUUCCAGAAAUACUUGUACAUAACCUUUGUAAUGCUUUGAUUUUUCAGGAUCAAAUAAAAUCAAUAAAAUACCAUUUCUGCUUUGAAACAGGAAAAGCCUCUUU